AUUGUAUUCAGGAAAAAUUUCAUUGUGCAUUUUUCUUUCAUUUAUAUAAACAUUUAAUUCAAUAUCCAAAACCGCUAGCGAACUUGUUAUUAAAAAUUGCCAACAAAGAAAAAAUUCGAUCAAGAAAGAAAGAAAAAAUUGGUAAAGCCAUUGAUUUUAUAGAAUAUUUUGAUGCUUAUGUUGGAACUAACAUUUGUUGGACAUAAUAGUAAGGUGUAAAGUUAUUAGUUGAAUAUAAUUGGGGAUAAUUUGAGUAGAGAGAACAAUUUGGAAAAGCGAGCGAUUUAGUAGAAAAGAAGGAACAAAAAUACAGUAAGAUUACAACAACAAACAAUGGCUGCAUUACCUAGACGAAUCAUUAAGGAAACUCAGAGAUUAAUGCAGGAACCUGUUCCAGGAAUUUCAGCUGUUCCUGACGAAAGCAAUGCUCGUUAUUUCCAUGUAAUUGUUACCGGUCCAGAGGAUUCGCCGUUCGAAGGAGGCCUAUUUAAAUUGGAAUUGUUUUUGCCCGAAGACUAUCCAAUGUCGGCUCCAAAAGUACGUUUUAUUACGAAAAUUUAUCAUCCAAAUAUCGAUAGAUUAGGUAGAAUUUGCUUAGACAUUCUCAAAGAUAAAUGGUCUCCUGCUUUGCAAAUUCGUACUGUAUUGUUAUCAAUCCAAGCCUUAUUAAGCGCUCCAAAUCCAGACGAUCCUCUUGCUAACGAUGUUGCUGAAUUGUGGAAAGUUAAUGAGGCUGAAGCAAUACGUAAUGCCAAAGAAUGGACUCAACGAUAUGCUAUGGAGGAUAAUUAAGCAUAAAUUGAACAAAUCACAGCAGCAAGCAACAUAAUAAAUUUACUGUGUAUCAAGGAUGUUCUGCUAUUAAACUAUUGCUGUGUUUAAAACUUGUUGCAAAAAAAAAAACAAUUUAAUUAAUUCACCAGCCUCAUUUUGUCCUUAAUGUUUUAUAUUUUUGGUUUUACAAUCAACACACAAACAAUAUAGACUUUCCAGUUACUGAUGAUUAAAAAACCUUGCAAAAGAACUACAUGCAAUUUCUGUAUUUAUUAUACUUUAUGAUUUCCGAAAAGGCUUCAUCCUCUUAGUAAUUUUUUUUUAAUUCCAUUUCAUGUUGUUUAAGGCUUCUUUUUUUCAUUUCUUUCUCGGAUAAAAAGGCAAAGAUAAUAAAAAAGCAUAAAACCUAGAUAAAAUAUUUAAUCGUCCAUUCAAUUUUAUUUUAUUUUAUGAAUUGGAUUCGUGAAAACAAAAUGAAAAUAGCCUCACAUGUCACAAAACCUUUAUUGUUUUUAUAUUUCCCUCACAUACUUAUACUUGGAUGAAAAAAAUGAAUGACUUCUUAUGUACGUUAUCAGUAGGUAUUAAUAUUGAGGAAGAAUGAUUUCUAAGAAAUUUCACGAAAUGAUAAAAUAGGGAUUGGAAACAAGAAUUUAUGAGAACUUGAAAACAUAUUAAUUAUACUAUACCUAUAUAUAUUUUGAUUGAAAAUUUCCUUUUUCGAGACAUCUCUUACUAUUCUUAAGAAUUAUAUAAUUAACGAGAAAAAUAUUAAUUGAUUAUUUUGGUGAAAGCAAAGUGGUUAUAUAAAGAUGAAAAAGUAUGAAUAUGAUAAAAAUGUCCAUUUUUAGUAAACGGCUUAGUUUAUAAUUUUUAUCAAAAAAUAAGAAAAAAUCAUUUUUAAGUUUCUUUCUUCGUAAGAAUAACUGCAAGAUGAUAAAUAUUAAAAAUGAAUGAAAACAUGAAACACGUUUAUGCGAAUAAUAAAAAAAUUAUAAUCUUGUAAGCUGAAAGAGAAUAAUAAAGAAAAUAAAAAUAGAACUGACUUAAUUUUAU